UCUCUAUCUCGCCUCAAAACGUCCAUUGUGUCAAAAGUGUAAAAAACGACGUCUUUUCAAUUCACUCUAAAAUACAGCUAGACAAAAUGUAACAUUUCCUGAUAAAAUGUAUUUUUUAGUUCUUUUAAAAUCGGAUAGAAAAACUAGUUCCGGAUUUUUUUGGAUUGGUCUGUGCAUAGCAGAGUCAGUGCUUGUGCUGUUACUAUAAAAAGUAUUAGUGUUUGGGAACUUAUUACUGAAAGCCUAGAAGGAUUACCGGUAAAAGGAAAUAAGUGACCAGAUUUUAUUGGUGUAACUAUACAACGAUAACAUUGAACAUCUAGACAACUACCUAGACGAUACCUCUGGAAAGACUGGAUAAUAAAUGCAAAGCAUUCAUUCGUGAGUGCGUUCCGGAAGAUUACAAUCCACAGUGCGAAUGUGUGUGUAUCGAGCAACGUUGACCAAUACGUAUUCUCAACGACAUCGAGGUCGUGUUUGGUUCCUUGGUUGCGGGUCUCCUCCGCAGCAAUACAAUGACCGAGAGUCAGGCCAGUGAACAUCUCCGGAACCGACAGUGGCAAAAAGCGAAAGAUAUAUACGAUGAACUCCUAAGCACGUCUCAAAACAAUUGUAAACUCUCGAAGGAGCGCACCAUAUCUUGCUUAUAUGGCCGAACAGAAUCCUGUUUGGAAUUAGAAAAAUACGACAUUGUCGCCGAAGAUUGUCGUCAUCUGUUGAAUCUGCUCAAUGACAACGAGACUGGGGCGAGUCGUGCAGUGGGUUCCACCAGCCCUGUACCGUCGUCUGCAUCGUCCUCUUCUUCAACGUCGUCGAGCUCAUCAUCGCAGAACAAUCCAACAGCAACUACAGAAUCUAAGGUUCGCAAACGAUUAAUCCAUUCGCUUUAUAAACAGCAGAAGUACAGUGAGGCUGAAAUAAUUCUUCAAGAAUGGGCCAACAACCAUAACCAUCAUCAGGAUAUCAACCGUUAUUUGGAUCGACUGAAAUCUGUAUUGAGAAUGGCAUCAGCUAAUUCAUCGCCUACACCAGCUCCAUGUGGAUCGGACCAGAUUUCAACCUUGGGUGGGGUGCCCAAAGUAGGUGAUACUGUUUCAUGUUUGCCUUCUUCUGAUUCAUCCGGUGGUCCAUCGUCUACACCAACAUCAACCAUUUCUUCGCUUUCAUCACUGAAUGAUGAGUACGAACAGAUUGAGAUUAAGUUAGAAAAUCUCAUCAUUAACAAUCUUCCACCGGAUCGAUACACAAAACAGUUAAAUCAAAUUGAAAACAAUAUGCGAGCAACACAUGGCAAUCAAGAAAACUCCCAGGAGGCUCAUAUGACCAUUAACGAUCAGGCCACAAAUUCAAGGGAACAUAAGUCAAAUGAAAAAGAACAAGGCAUCAAUAUCUCCGUCACCAACACCGACAAUGAAAAUGGCGAAACUAGCAAUAGUACACUCGAUACGAGCGGUAGCAGCAGUGUUAUUGGAAAUAGAAUAGUUACUAGUAACGAUUCUGUUGCGGUAAGAACCACAAUUUCGACAUUAGCAGCGGAAGCAGAAGACGAAUUGACUUCUGCGUCAAAUACAGAUUCCAGUCAUAUUAAUAACUUCCAGAAGCAACUUGAUAAAAUCGCUAACAUAAGCUGCGUCUACUGUACCAUGACAUUUGUUGAUCGAUCGGAACUACGGGCCCAUUGCCAAACCGAGAGUCAUCAGAAUAUUAUCAUGUCGGAUGAAGGCCGGGAUUGGAAAUGGCGUCCACCACCUCGUGGUUUCACAGCUGAAUCUUAUUCUUUGUGUGAGAACUACUUGGAUAAUCAAACGUGCCACUACGGGAACCAGUGCGUCGAAGCACACGGAAUCGACGAACUAAAUGAGUGGAAGGAACGGUUUGAGUAUCGUAAAAAGAAGUUACAGCGAGCACGAGACAAGGAGUUGUAUGGAAAAAGUUAUACUGAACAACUGCUGGAACGUUGGGUGCAGGCACCUAGUCCCGAUAAAGUGAUGAAGGAAAAAAUCGAAGGUGUAGAAGAGUCCUGCUCGCAGGAUCUUGUGACCACGGUUAGCUCCAAAGUAAGCAAACGCGAGUGGACAUUUGUGUUAAAAACUAGAAGACUGCUGAGAGCAGUUGCAUUACUCCAGGAUGCACAUCGUAAUCAUUUUCUAAUCAAGCAAAUAUUUCCGGGCGAGCCAAGAAGUGGAAGCGUCUGCAAAAAAUUAGGUCAAACAAUAACUGUCAACAAAGUAGUUGAGGCAGAACUGACAUCUGAUCAGGAAUGGGUUGCAACAUCCGACUAUAGUAAGCUCGGUGAUUUGGCGAGUGAAACGAAUCCUCUGUUAGAGCAUCGAGUCAAGGUGAUUUUCAACACAGAUAUUUACGGUACGUUUCGCCAGGCGGUAGUAUUUGAUCUCGGUCACGAGCCAGUGCUAGUUAAACACCUAUGUGUUGACGUAGUUCCCGUAACUGAAGUAGAUAAGAUUCAAGAAAUUCGCAAGGAUAUCGUUAUGUCAACAUCGGAGCGAUGGGAUGAGACAAAUUCAGAAAUUAUAGAAUUCACAACAACCAUCAUUCCCCAUAUGCAGACGCCCGCUUAUGCUGCAGACGCAGAGCGUGAGAAAGAUUUGCUAUUGAGAUAUCCCCUGCCAAAGGCAUCUUCCUUUGUAUUAACACAGUCGACCAUCACUGAAAAGAAACUGACCAAAAACAACUACCGGAAUCGAAUUCACGAACUUCUAUAUGUAGAAGAGAUAGCUCGAUACGAGCAAAUUGCACGCUACAAUCUGACGACCCGACUUACAAUAGCGACUAACUAUUUGCUAACCCCAAGCGGAAUGGCUACUAGCACGGCAAAAUAUUCUCACUCUGGUGAACUAUUUGCCCUAAUGAAGCUCGGAAAAGAUGUUUCAGAGGAUACCUCUGCUGGGCGAUUGAUUUUAAACAACUGCCAAGCAGUUUUGAUUGCUUCCAAAGAACCUGUUCCUCCGGGGGAGAAACGAAAGGUCUAUGAGGCUGUGAUUGAAGACAAAGGAAAGAACAUGAUAUAUUUAAAAACUUCAGCCAAGGCAGUAGCGGGCCUUGGCUUAAAAGCAGAAACAGAAUUUAUUUCCGACAUCCAGUUUCAGCCGAAUCGUCUGACGUACUGUGAGUGGCACCACGCCAUCGACAAAAUUGCUGAUUUUAGAAUUAUUUUCCCGGACAUUUAUCUAGAACCGAGUAUUCCGUGGACACCACAGCGGCAGUGGGAUGCAUCGCUCGAUCCAAAACUAAAUUCAAAGCAAAGAGAAGCGGUUGUUGCUAUUACCACUCCAAUAGACGUGGCCUUACCUCCGAUUUUGCUAAUCGGGCCGUUCGGAACUGGAAAAACCUAUACGCUAGCACAGGCUAUCAAACAACUUUUGUUGCAACCGGAGUCGAAAAUACUCAUAUGUACGCACUCUAACUCGGCAGCCGAUUUGUACAUAAAGGACUACUUGCAUCCCUGGGUGGAAGAAGGCAUGGAAGAGGCCAAACCAUUACGCGUUUACUACCACAAACGAUGGGUGGCAACAGUCAACAGCAUCGUACAGAAGUAUUGUCUGAUUGACCUGAAUAUUAACGUGCGUAAUUUCCGUCGACCGACAGUCGAAGAUAUUCUCAAGUACCGCAUCGUGGUAGUAACUCUGAAUAUUUCUAUGGAACUGGCUUCAUUGGAAUUACCGAAAGGACACUUCACGCAUAUCUUCCUAGACGAAGCUGCUCAAGCAAUGGAGUGUGAAGCCAUUAUGCCCCUAGCGUUGGCAACCGAAAAAACGCGAAUCGUCCUAGCCGGCGACCACAUGCAGAUGUCACCUGAACUGUUUUCUAAUUUUGCAAAAGAACGUAAAUUGCACAUCUCAUUGCUUGAAAGGUUGUACGAUCAUUAUCCCAAUGACUUUCCAUGUAAGAUAUUACUGUGUGAGAAUUACCGUGCUCACGAGGCAAUUAUCAAGUUUACUUCGGAACUAUUUUACGAACAAAAGUUGAUCGCUUCUGGCAAGCAACCGAGACAUGAGAAAUUCUAUCCUUUGACAUUUUUCACUACCAGGGGCGAAGAUGUACAGGAUAAGAACUCGACGGCCUUUUACAACAAUUCAGAAGUGUAUGAAGUGGUCGAGCGGGUAUGUGAACUACGAAAGAAAUGGCCUAGCUCAUGGGGAAAGAUUAAUGACCAAAGCAUAGGGAUCAUGACACCUUACGCGGAUCAAGUUUUUCGAAUCCGAUCGGAACUUAGAAAGCGAAGAAUGGGCGGUAUUAGUGUGGAAAGAGUAUUGAAUGUACAAGGUAAACAAUUUCGAGCGAUUUUCUUAUCGACGGUGAGAACUAGACGUACGUGUACAACAAAUACUAGUGAAAUUAGCACUACGUCUGAGGAUGUGGACUAUGGUUUUCUAAGUAACUCCAAGUUGCUGAAUACAGCUAUAACCCGAGCACAAAGUUUGGUGGCGGUUGUCGGGGAUCCAGUAGCUCUGUGCUCGAUAGGGCGCUGUAGGAAGGUUUGGGAGCGCUUCAUCGAGAUUUGUUAUCAAAACAAAAGCUUAUUCGGAAUAACUUGGUCGCUGUUGAGAUCACAACUCGAUGGAGUUGAACUGAAAAAAACUUAUGUCUUGAAUCCCCUUGCUCCGGAAUUUAUACCACGUGCAUUACAGGCUGAAGCUUACCUUAGAGAGCAAGCAGCUAAUGUUACGGGCCAGUUCCACCAACAACCUCCGCAUCACAUUCAGCACACAAAUAAUUAUCAUCACCCGGUGAGUCAAAAUUUCUCAGGUGGCCACUCGGUUACAUCUGGUGGAAUGAUACGUCAAAUAGCACCCCAGAUGCAGCAACCUCAACCACCUUUCAUAAAUCACGGUCCCGGUAGUCAUACAGGACAUCCACCUUUACCGCAACAAACACAGCAACAGUUUCCUUAUCAAAACCACAUGUUCUUUUAUCAACAACAACAACAGCAACAGCAACAACCGCAGCCAAUGCGUGGUCCGCCACCACAUCCACCUUCCACGUUAGGACCACCUGUCCCACCCAAUAUUCCGCAGGCAGGGCCAACUGCAUUUCAGCAAAAUAAUCCAGCAAAUCUUUGGAACGCACCUGGCACGGCUGGACAUUUCCCCAUGGUACCAUCACCUGGAGGACGAAACACGCCGCCUGGAUGGCGAUUACCGCAAAAGAAUUCAGUUCAACCAGUACGUCCACAAAUCACCCAACACCAACAUAUGCCAAUAACGGCGAGCGGUAGACCACUAAUUCCUCCACCUAUGAGAAGUCCUGUGUCACAACAGCAGCAAUUAUCGGCAGUUCCCCAGAUGCCUUACUUACAACAGCAACAGCAGAAUAAAGCACUUCAAAAUUAUAGUCCUUUCCCACACCACCAACAGCAUCCCCCGGCCAUAGGUCACCAUCACCAGCAGCAACAACAAACACAUCAAAUGCACCAGAACCAUAUACGUCCUAUUCUUGGAGGUCCAAUCAGCCCCAGUUCCUACCAGCAGCAGCAGCAGCAACAACAACAAACUUCACUCUACUCUCAGCAAGAUCCUUAUUUGUCGAACCUGUCAAAUGAUCUGAUGGCCUCGAUUACAGCACGUGCCUCACAAAUGCAGCUUCCUCCUACACUACCCCAGCAAGCAUUAUUGCACCAGCAAACCCCGAAAUUAAAUUCAUUGCGUAUAGAUGAUCGCCAUACCCUCGACAAAGAUAUACAGUUUUUGCAGAAUGUUCACAUCCCAGACAAGUUUUCUCAGCCCACAACUAUUCAGCAACAACAACAUCAGCAUCAUUCCAAUACAGCUAUCAAUGCCGACUUAAAUCACUUACUGCCGCCUAAUAUGAGCUUCCUAGAUGUAGCUCUUCAGUCAAAAGAAUUCCAAUAUCUUUGGUUCAUUAAACUGGUGGAAACGCAAGGACUCGAAGCGGCAAAUAAAUUUACCGAUAUUCUUCGACAGGUUCCUUUGGCACCAAACACUGCUCAGCAUCAGCAGCCACAGAAGAAACUGAAUCCGACGAUGCCAUCCCAAGCGGAUAUGAUAUUGGAAAACAUAAUAAAUCCGAAUAAGGAUGUGCUCGGUUCUACCAGCCUACAUCAUUCAACAAUGCUGCAUCCACAACAGAAUGUCCCUUCAGUUCUUACCAAUGGUAAUGCAUUGUUGGGGCCUAACAAUGGUAAAAGUUUGCUGGAAGGGGUCGAUUUGUUUGGCAAUAUGUCAUCUUCUCUGCCGAAUGAGUUACCGCUUAUCAGUACCAAUCCACCAUCAACCACACAACAGUCAGUACCAUUGUAUCGUCGCCAAGCAGGUCAAAACUACCAGAACAACUCCGGCGGAACAUCUACUGCUCAAUCGAUAGCGUCAUCUACACCCGAUCUGCUGGACAAUCAUCUUCAGCAGUCUCUUUUUGAGUCUUUGGAUGGUAAACUUCAUGCAAACAAUAGCAGCAGUAUGCUUUUCGGUGGCGGUCAAAAUCAAAACCAAUUUGCUGCAGGUGAACAGGCUAACGGUUUUCAAGGGUUUGCCUCCAUCCACAACAUCGCGGCCGGUCUGAUGCAACAACAACACAACCUAAAUAAUCGCGAGUUCCUGCAUCAGUUGCAACAACAGCAAGCGCAACAUCAUCACCAUCAGCAACAGCAGCAACAUCAUUUGCAUGAUAGUCGAAACGUAUCCGCCGCAAGUACCGUUGAAGAAUUACUGAGCCGUCAAAAUCAAACUUACGCCAGUGUGCUUAGUCAGGGCGGUGGGUUGGGUCAGACUAACAAACAGCUCGGUGCACCAAAGGACGGUGUUGGCGGUGGUGUGGAUGGUGGAACCGGUUCUCCCGGCGUCGGAGACCCUUUUGCUGCCCUUAGAGAUCUCGGUCGAAAAAGUAAUGGCUUCUACAACUACUUUCAGUGAGCAUCCUCUUAGGGAAGGUGAGUCGAUCUUUUGAUAGCGUUAUGUGAUUAUGGUUCCCGAUCAGGCAGGGUAGACUACUGUCAAGCAUGCAACAUACCAUUCGAACUACUUGCUACCGAUAAGCAUAUUUUUCUGUGCGGUUUGUAGGGAAAUAUUAGAAAGAGGUAAUCAUCAAAAAUAAGUCAAAUAAAAUAAAUGGAAUUGGGCUCUCUGUGCAAAUAUGUAUUUUCAAUUGAAUUAUUUGCCACUGCCAUUUUUGUUAAAUCAUACUUCAUUGACUGGAUUCAAGAUAGUAAAUUACCUACUGAAUUUAAAAUAGAAAAUAUUCUGUUUCAUUGAGCACGUAUUAAGCAAAUAUUCUAUAUGCAUAACUAAGUUUAAAUGGUAGCGGCCCCCUCGAACCUGGAGUAUUAUAUCCAACUGAGAUAACUUAAUAGGAGUAAUACCAGCCAUUUUUAUUUCUUGAGCUAUUGCCAACAACUCCAAGUCAUUCGGUAUCUUUAUUCAAAUUGAAUUUUCGCGUAUAUUUACUUUGUUCUUUUUUGUACAAGCUCUUUCAAAUAUAUUUAUCGAUGAUUUCCUCUUUUUCGAUUUUCUUACAGUAUCACUUAAGUCUAUCCUGCCUUGUAGGAAAAAUCAGUGAUUAAAACGACAGCGGGAAUGUUAUUGAAUUAAGAAAAUUGUAUGAAGUUUAAAAUUGAUAAAAGAAAAAAAUCAAAAAAAAGGGAAAAACUUUAUGAAAAUCCAAAAAGUUAUGUCUACUUAUAUUUAUCUAAAUACUUAUAUAACAUAUUACACUUAAUAAUUUAUAAAAAACAAAAUAAACAAAAAUUAAGAAAAGCAUGAAGCUAUAUUAUAUUACACUGGAACACUAAUUAUCACUAUUUUAUUAUUCUAAUCUUGCAGUAGUUUUCAAUUCGUAGUUAAGCGUAAAAUCUUGUGUUUCGUGUUUCAUUUCCUCUAAGUCAAUACUCUAAAUUAAAUAAAGAUAUCACACACAGUAAGAUGAGCCAACGUAUUCCUUAAAAUUGAUAACCAUUUACCAACUUGUUUGUCAUCAAACCAUCAGCACAAGACAAAAGACAAUUUUAGACCAAUACCAUAUACCGUUCUAUUAUCGCUGUACGCAUAACUGUCCCACGGGCUACGGAAUUUCCUAUGCACAUUUUUAGCACACCGCAAAAAAAUUCAAUCUGAAGGAAAUACCCCCCCCCCCCCCUCUUUUGUGACAAAUGUUAAAGUACCCACACGAUUUUUACAGUAAGCGGCAAGUCACGGCGGGUAACCUAGCACAAAGUUUCAAUAGCCUACCGCUCGCCAGCAGUUAUUGAAACUCGCCUAGCCGCUAUUUUGUUCACUGGGUAAGCUCAGAUGCACAUCAUUUGGACAAUUUUAGACCCACGUUUAUUUCGUUUGAAGUGUAUAACAUUCGCACUAUGUGGAAAACUUAGGAAAAAAAUAUAUUAAAUGCUAUGACUUUUGAAGUAGCACUCAUAAAAUUUCAUUUUAUGCCUUAUAUUAAUGUAAAUAUUAUCAUUUCAACGGAAAUAUAUUUGUUUCUCGAAAAAUACAGAAAGCUGGAGUUUAUAAGAGCGGUGGAGCCGUUAAAACUUAUAGCGUUUUCGUUUUUUCUUGGUGCUACACCAGUGUAGUGCAAAGAAAGAGAUAGACUGAUUACACCCAAGUUUGAAUGAGUGUAGCAUCGACUACACCGGUGUCGAAAACCAAAAUGCUAUUAGUAAAAGUGCAAUUUUUGGCAUCUUUCAUUAAUUAUUCUUUCAAACUGGGUUUCAACAACAUUUCAAAAGUAUAAGAAAUACUUCAGAUUGUUGGUCCGCACUUGGGAGCGCAAUUCUGUUGAAGAAAGUGUAUAGCUAUGUCUAAUGGGGUGUGAGUUAUUCAAGAUUUUGUUAAAUAGCGUUUUGAAAUUUUUAGCUAUUCAUCAAAAUGACACAGUUCUACAAAAUAACAGAGUUGUCAUCAUCUUUCAAUUGUGAAUUUUCGAUAUUUUGGUCCAUUUGUGGCUGUCCCGUUUAAAUAAUAGAACCUUCAAUUCCAAAUCCGGUUUCAUCAAACUACGACUCGCACGAAGUAAGCGAAAUGUGCGUUCCGGUCAUCAAACUGAAUUGCAAGGGAGAGAAAGUGACGUGUAGCCCAUUACACUUCCGGAAGCAACGUGGAACGUGUUUUUUGCAUAGGAUAUAGAAAGGAUCUUCGCAUGCUGGAUACCGGUGAGACCGUUUCAUGUAUCUUUUUCAAACAAUUUAAAUAUCAUGGCAAUAUGGCCUGUAUUAAGCAAUAACAUUUUUUUCGUUUUUUGAUAUCUCCAUCAUCUAUGGAAACUGCUUCGGUUCCAAGCGUUUUCUAUAAGUAAAUGAUAGGACUAUUACGAAAUAAAAACGCUUGUAAGGACGUGUCCAGGUGUGUGGAGUGGAGCGGGUCUACGUCAUUGUAGAUCGUGGCGUGGCCCAAUAUGGCAAUUGAUAUGCUCAAUUCUGCAACUCCAUCUACGAUUUGUGCAGGUGCUCGUGCUAUGUUAUAUGCUAUGAUAUACUAUGUUCUACAAAAUAAAACAAUGAAAUUGACCGCAUAUUGUUUUUCGUAAAAUAGUUGAAAAAUGGCGCUUUUCGUUUCCCUAUAGUAUACCAGAAUCGGCUUUUACGAGCAAUCGACGAUUUUUUUAAAUUAUUAAGUAUAAUAAUAACCACCCAACGGGAUUGAAAAAAAAACGAAAAUCAAAAGAAAAUAUGUUGAGUUAGUAGCAAGUUAUAGCAUAUAUUUGAAUGCUAAAUUGAAUGGCGUAUUCAGAUUUUGUAUCUAAUGUAACCUUAAAAAGAAAAAAAAUGCAGAAGAGUGAGGUGAAUGUUAUCGCAAAGUUAUCGUUAUAUUUAUAACUGAUAAUGCAAAAAAUCAUUAAAAUCUGAAUCCAAAAAAUUCACAUUUUACAAAGUUUUGAUGGCUCUGCCGCUCUUGUAAUUCAAAAAUUGUACAAACUUACUCACCAAAUGUCUUCAUUUGGAUCCCCAUAAAAAUAAAAAAAGCUGAACAAAUCUAAAACAGUUCAGGAGCACUUCAACAGCAUGAAUUUGAAAUUUUACCCAAAAUCAACCCAUUUUUCAAAAAAUCAAGAGUCGCCACCAGUAAAGAGCGUAUUAGUAAACUCACCCCUAAGAAGAAAGUGGUCCUAAUAAUGUACCGCUCAUUUAAGAAGUGAUCUCGAUGGCUUUUUAACAUAAUGUCAUUUUAGACGCCCUGUUUGACAUUUGUCAUAAUAUGAUGGGGUGCCUUUGUGAUUUGGGAAAUAAGUGUUUUUUGCAAUGCUCUAAUGCACAUGACACAAUUAUGCGUAGAUCGGCAGUCCAGGUACUGGUAUAGGGAUCAUCUAUCACUUCUGUACGUAAGCCUGGCCUUUCUUUAGCAACCACCAUCAAUUCUACUUCAAAUUUUCGCACAAGUACUGAUCAAUAAUGAUUGAUGUUUUCGGGUCUAGAUUGCGGAUAUAUUUCGUUAAUGUGUACUAUGAACAACUUGGAUGGGACUAUGUACAUAAGUGAUAGGUUGCCCUUCCUUCCCCACAGCAAAAGAAAACAAACUAUUCAAACUCACCUGCAAGCUGAUUUAGAUAACAUUUAUCAAAGAUGAACGCAAAAACAAUAGUAAUUGGACAAUUGCUGCACAGGAAAUUGAGUCCUUUCUGAAUCCUUAUUUUUACGUUUUAGUGCUUGAACCGUGUGGAACGAUUUGUAAUGUGUAUACUUGUUAUAGAUACAAUGGUCACAGCUAAGGACGAUCAAAUCGUCGCAUAGAAUGCCUUCGCUGAAACUAAGAAACUUAACUUGUUACUUUUUAUACUUGUCCAGUUUUUGAUUUUUACUAUUGAAUUGCUACGAUAUAAUUUUAUUAUAUUAGUUAGAAAUAAUGUAUUGUGAAGAAGCUCUCAUUUUUAUAAAAAAUAAAGGUUUAACAUAAAAAUUAUUGAAAAAAAUGAAAAUUAAAAAAAAACGAAAAGUGACAAAUAGCAAAAAUAUUAAUGUGAACACAGUAGAAUUAUUACCGCAUCGAGUAGACUUUCUCAGUGUUUUUUCAUCUCCAACAUUUUUUUUCUUUCACAAUUUAGUAGCAUGCAGUCUGGCAAACCUUACAUAACAUAAUGUUGCUCCAGAGAAUUUCUCAUAAAAUUCUUAUCGUAAGAAGGAAUCUUAUCAAUCGAAUUGAAAUACGGCGGUUAGAUUUUAUGAGUGGUUUAUAAAUCCAUUCGUUUGAAAAAGAGAUGCACCGUUGCGUAGGAUGAUGAUGCCAAUAUUGAGCUGUUGAGCAAUUCUAAUAUAAACUAGAUGUCCUCAUAAUAGGACCGUGGUAAAAAUAAACCUACGUAACAUGCAAUCUGAGGAACACGGGUAAAAAUAAUGUGGGUAACAAAAUCAGCUGCUCAUGACGAUAUUUGUAACACAAUUGCAACUAGUAUAAGCGUGAAAAAUACGUGUUCAAGACAACCACAAGCGCGAAAUAUUAGGUAUCUCUCGUGGACUGCACCGACAGUAUCAAAAAUAAUAUUCAUUGAUAAUGGUGAAGUCAUUAUUCGUAGAUUUUAUCUCAAUACUGAAAAAGCUACUUAUACGUUCCCACAUAUGAAUAACUAGCAGAAGCAGGUGCCAUAUUGUAACAUCUCUUUUUUUCGUCUGUAACAUAUUCACGAAAAAUGCUUGUUUGAGAAUAUAUAAUUAAAGUUCCAUUCAAUGUCGAGGGAGCGCGUCGUUUGGCGUAAGUUCAUUUGGCAUAACAGCAGGUGACACAUGCUUUCGUUUGACAUAAUGUUCAUUUGGCAUAAGAGUCGUUUGACAAAAUUGGAAAUAUACAUUGAAAUCUUUGUUAUAUUAGGCGUGGACGCCUAAUGUGGCUACGCCACAUCGUUUUAAGCAUGGUGCUGCCCGACAUUGCUCUGCUCCGACGGACUUAAACUAGUUGACAGCCCCUAUGUUUGAGUAACUCAGGCAAACGAGUGGGUCAUAUGUUUGCUUGUGAGGGUCGCCGCUUCGACGGUGGGUCGACGGCCACCUCGCCCGGCGUAUCCUCAGCGGAUUUGCACCGCUUCGGAUACUUGGUCUCGGUUAUGCGAGCCCAGGUCUAUUUGGUAUAUAGAUUCAAAGAACUGCUUAUGCUUGAAAGGAGGAAUCAACCUCAAACCUUCAGUAAACCGGGGGAACGAGUGAAUCACUAGUUUAUUUGCGAGGGCUAUUCGGUAUUGAAAUUCAAAGAAUUGCUGAUGUCUGGUAUCAACCCUUAUGUUUAUGAAAAAAUAUAUGAAUAUAUUUGCCAGAAACAUAAGGGUUGAUUCCUUCUUUCAGCCAUGAGCUGUUCUUUAAAUUUGUAUUCACAAUAGCUCUCGCAAGUAGGCUGGUGAUACACUCGUUUGCCCGGUUUACCCAAACCUAGGGGUUGACUCCUUCUUUCAAACACGAGCAGUUCUUUGAAUCUGCAUGCCAAAUAAGUUCGCAAGUAAACUGUUGAACUGCUCGUUUGCGCGGUGUAUUUAAACAUUAGGGUUGAUGAUUGUUCUUUCAAACAUGAACAGUUCUUUGAAUCUAUAUAUACCGUAUAGCCCGUGGAUUUGUCGCAUAAGCGAGACCAAGGAUCCGAAGCGACGCAAAGCCGUCGGAAGCGGCGGCCCUUUGCAAGCAAACCUGUUUGCCCGGAUUACUCAAACAUAGGGGCUAUCAACUAGUUUAAGUCGGACGGAGCGGAACGAUGUCGGACAGCACCAAACUUAAAGCGAUGUGGUGUUGCCACAUUAGGCAUCAACGCCUAAUAACAGAGAAUUCAAUGUAUAUUUCAAAUUAUGCCAAAAAACGGGACGAGCAUAGUGUAGUUGGCAAAUCGAUUGCCUUGUACGCAACUUCCCUGGGUUCGAUUCCCAACCCCGCACAUAGGGUUAGAGAUUUUUCCAAAAAGAGAUUUCUUUAAAACGAAAAGAGGCGAAUGACCCUAAGGUUAAACCAAACGACCAUUAUGCCAAACGAAAGUAUGUGCCAGCUGCUGAUAUGCCAAACGACGUACUUCCCAAUGUCGAGGAGUACUUGAUGUAACCGAGAUUAUGAUUAUCUGAUGAACUGCAUCUUAUGCAUAAGUAAACUACUGCUUGUUUUUAAAUUAGGAUCGGUGCUGCUAACACCAGCUGCGCCAGUGUAUCAAUAAAGAGAAAUAACCGUUUUACAGCCUCUAUUUCUCUCAGUAUACUGGCGAUGUAUUAGUUCCAGUAAAAAAAUCAAUAUUAAUGUCUCGACUAUUAUAAAGAAGUUUAGUAGAAAUGUGACUAGGAUGGAUAUUAUCACCCGUAAAUCGUUAGGUAAUCAUAAAUCUUCAAUACUAAGAACUGUGAUUUCGUCGUUGAAUUCGUAAAUUAUACAAAUUUUCUCUCGCAACGUGUUUUGAUUUAAAGGUCCCAAUUUGAAAAACUUCAAUGUUGUUACAACAAUCGACGGACCUUUCAAACAAAGCUUUGGCAUUCUGGUUGUGACGGAGUGUUCUGUUUGUGUUGUAGUCACGUGAUGCGUAUUGAAAUGACACAGUAAGAACAUGAGUAUUAAGAAGUGUAGCGUAAUGUUAGCAGAUGUAUAAGCAGAGAGACGAAUAGUGUGUAACACUAUUGCGAACAAAGCAAAUAAACAUUAAUGAUGCCUUGAAGGAAUAAAUAUUGUACAUUCAUCCGUAGCGAAACUUAAAUUAGCCAGUGUUUAGAUAAAUUGUGGUUUUAAGUGGCAUUCUAAGCUUUAUUUAUCAUUAAAGCUAGUUUCAGAACUAAUUCGGAAAUACAAAUCAUUUGCAAAAUAAAUCCAACACUCACGAUACGAUACUUUGAAAAAGAUAAUUAGAAUCAUUCAAAGUGAUACAUUGGAAGCGGUUGCCAAAAUGCUAGUGUUGAUAUCAUAAUAAAGGAAAUGUUGCCGUUUUGGUUUGUUGUCACUAUUAGUCUCUCUGCCUAUUCUCCGAAAGGCAGUUGUUCAAUAAGAUCAUGUUCUGCUGCAUGUUUUGGAAUAUUUAGUUCUACUAAUAUCGUUUUUUGUACAAACAAUCGUCUUUGAAAAACAGUACCUUUCUGUAUUAAUGCAAGAAAUAUUUAUUUUGUUCAGAAACGUUGUGAAGAAUCACUGAGAAAGAUACAUCCGACGGCUAUACCUAGAUCAUAAAUAAUAAUAACAAAUUAUAUUAUAACAAAAAAAAACAAACAAAAUUUAAAAAAAAAUAUAAAAAUAAAAAAACACAAAAAACUAUUAUUGAUGAAAAUUAGUAUUUAACGUAAUUGUAUAUGUAAAAAUAAAUAUAUUUGAAAUAUGACAUGAAAAUUCAACCAGAAAAAAAUAAGUAACAUAACUAUCUGAAAACUUGCGAGAUAUAUGCAAAACAAAAUUAUAUGAAUGUACUUUUAUUGGUGAUGAAAAAACACUUUAAAACUGAAAAGAACGUCUUGUUUAUGACAAACUA